AAAAAAAUGUUUAUAACAAUCACUUUUGUUGGAUUUUUAUUUAAUUAAAUGAUAACAUUUUGACAAAUUCUAUAUAAUUUCAAUAUGAUUUCUAAAUUUAUUUACAAACUUUAUCUUUAUAUGCUCACGAAUUGUGUUUUUAUUUAUAGUGAUUGCAUAUGAAAAAAAAAAUCUAUUAAAGAAGUAAAUAUUUUAUCAAUAAUAUGUUAGAUUCAAAUUAACAUUGUUUUUAUAAUCUUUGUAUAUGUUUUAUUAAAAUGCGUAAUCUUUUUUACAUAUUUGUUUAGAUAAAAAUUAUUUGAGACAAUAUAAAAUGUAUAUUAUAUAUAAUUAUGUAAAUUUGAUUUUUUAAAAAAUCUUUUAUAAGAUUUAUUGUAAAUGAGUACAUAUAUUUGUACUCUUUUUAUAAUGCUCUUUUCAUGUUAUUUCAUGUUUGUUACUGCAUUCAAUGACACUAAUUAAGUUUGUGAAUAUUAUAAUUAUUUAAGCAAAAUAAAUUUAAAUGAAAAGAAGGUACAACUAAAAAGACCAAGAGAAAAUCUAUAAUUUACUUUAUAAUAAAGUCAUGUUUAAAUGUUAUUAUAUAUGUCCCAUAUAAUUAUAGAAAAUUUAAUUUACCAAUGUUUUAUUUCUAAUUUUUUCACAUCCCUUUUUAAAUUAAAAAUAAUUAUAAAUUAUUCUUGAUAUUCACUUUUCAUUUUAAUUCUAUUGAGGUCAACAAUUUUGAUUACAUUGAUUACACUUCGAUUACACAUUGAUUACCGAUGACAUUUAUUCAUAAGAUAAUGCGUAAUCAUUUACAUGAUAUAUCAAAGUAUCGGAAAAGUGAACUAGAAAGAUACGAAAUUACCAAGGACAGAUAAGAAUGGAUCGACCAGUUUCGUCAUCGUUAGUACUUUUGCGCGUGACAAAUAUAAGUUUGGUCUCAACGAUUGCCAGUAUGUGCAUGUUUCCGUAGUAGUGAAUCAUUUCCAGAUGUGUCAAUCUUACAGAACUGUUGUUUUUCAUAAAUUCGCGGUACAGCGAGUUUCCUCGCGUCACAUUCAAAUAAACCGCGGUAAUAUUAUCAACUUUUUGACAUCUUAUCAAAGAAAGUGACCGUUGUGAAAAUGCGUAUUAUUUUUAUAAAAGUUCGCGAAGUAUCGCAAAAGUAUCCAAUUGUAAGAGGAAUGGCUUCUUAUACUGUUAUAUGGCCGACAGGAAGUUUAAUACAACAAAAACUAGCAGGAUAUGAUGAAUUAAAUUAUUUACAAGCCUUAAGAUUUAGUUUAUAUGGUGGGUUUUUUGUAGCUCCAACACUAUAUUGUUGGUUAAGGUGCUCUUCAUACUUUUGGCCAAAAUCAGAUCUGAAGUCUGCAAUUACCAAAGCUUUAGUAGAACAAGUGACAUAUACACCAACUGCAAUGUGCUGCUUCUUUUUUGGUAUAAACUUACUUGAAAUGAAACCAAUAACUGAAUGCAUUGAAGAAGUUAAACAUAAAUUUUGGCCUACUUAUAAAAUUGGUGUUUGUGUAUGGCCUAUUUUACAAACAGUCAACUUUUUUUUUAUCCCAGAACAUAAUCGUGUAGUUUAUGUAAGUUGUUGUAGUUUAAUUUGGACAUCUUUUCUUGCAUAUAUGAAAGCAUUAAAUGCAAAAACAAGUCAAAAUGAUAUAAAAGAUGACAAUAAUUUCAAACACAAAGGUCACAUUAAAAUUCAAUCUACUAAUCAAGUAGAAGACAAAAAUAAAAGAGUAUCUAUUAUAAGAUAAAAAUAUGUAGGAAAAUUAUUUAGCUCAAUUAAUCAAUUUACAUAUAUAUAUAUAUAUAUUUUAUAUAAAUAUGUAUAUAUAUAUAUAUAUAUAUAUAUAAGUAUAAAAAAUUAUACUGAAUAAUAAGAUCAUUUAUUUUUUUGUUCAUCUACAGUAUAAAAUAAAUUAAAAAAUCUAUAUGAUAUAUAUAGUUGUAGAUUAUACAUUUAUAUUGUAAUAAAUAAAAUUAAAAAUUUAUAACAGUUCAAAAUUAAGAAAGUAUAUAAGAAUUGAUUUUAUUGUUAAAUUUAACAAAUGAUAUUUAUUGUGAUGUUAUUAAUAAAUAUUUGUUAUUAAUAAAUAAAAAUAAAUAAUAAUUUUUAAAUAAUCAUUAUUUCAUUAAAAUAAAGAUUUUACUUUAAUUUUAAAA